ACUUGCCAAGAGAAAAGAACAAUGAGGAUGUUCAUUGGUUUUUUCAAAUUAAUACUGUUAGUUAUACUAGUGCUUGAGUAUGGGGUCCUUGCUCCUAAUUCAUGGAGAGCUACAAGUAUAGAGGUUCAAUGCAUACAAAGAGAGAGGCAAGCCUUGCUUCAGUUUAAGGAUGGCCUUGGGGCGGAUAACUCAAGCAUUUACACAUGGUCUUCAUGGAGUGGCCAUAAGCACAAGAGAGAUUGUUGUCAAUGGGAAGGUAUCCACUGUAACAACCAAACAGGUCAUGUCUUGAUGCUUCACCUUGCCGGUGAUUUUAAUGAUCCACCUUUUCAAGGUAAGAUCAGUGCAUCGUUGAUGGAGUUGCAAUAUUUGAUGUAUUUAAACCUUAGUUUUAAUUAUUUUGAAGACAGCUAUAUCCCUAAAUUCUUUGGAUCUCUAAGCAACCUAAGGUACCUUGAUCUUCGAGGCUGUAAUUUAUGGAAUAGAAAUAUUCCAAGUCAACUCGAGAAUCUCUCACAAUUGCAGUAUCUUGAUCUCUCAUCCAAUCAACUUGAAGGAGCAAUACCUAAUCAACUUGCAAACAUCUCACGAUUGCAACAUCUUGAUCUCUCAUUCAAUCAACUUGAAGGAGUAGUGCCCAAUCAACUUGGAAAUCUCUCACAGUUGCAACAUCUUGAUCUCUCGUUCAAUCAACUUGAAGGAGAAAUACCCAGUCAACUUGCAAAUCUCUUGCAAUUGCAACAUCUUGAUCUCUCAUACAACCAACUUGUAGGAGUGAUACCAUACCAACUUGGAAGUCUUUCACAACUACAACAUGUUGAUCUCUUGUGGAAUAGUCUUGUAGGAGAAAUACCUUAUCAAUUUGGCAACCUUUCAAACUUGCAAAAGCUUUUUCUUGGAAAUGGUGUUGCACUCAAAUUUGACCAAAAGAAUGGGGGUGGAGGGGAGUGGCUCUCUAAUCUCACAAGUUUAACCCAUCUUACAUUAUUCAACAUAACCAAUCUCAACUAUUCUUACAAGUGGUUGCCAAUGAUUGGAGAGCUACUGAGCUUGAAAGAAUUGAGGCUACCUCAAAAUGAUCUUUCAGAUCAGUAUAUCCUUUCACUAUCCUCUUUAAAAUUCAAUUCCUCUUCUCUUCAAGUGCUUGAUCUAUCUGGAAAUAACUUCAUGUCAUCUGCAGUAUUCCAUUGGAUCUCAAAUAUUAGCUCUAAUGUUCUUAAGCUGGAUCUUGGAUUCAACAUCUUAAAGGGUCCCAUACCACAUGAAUUUGGUAGAGCCAUGAAUUCUCUUGUGAAUCUAGACCUUACUUUUAAUCAUCUCAAGGGUGGGCUUAAAUCUUUAGGGAAUAUAUGUACCUUACAUUCAUUAUCCCUAGCCUAUAACCAUUUGAGUGAAGACCUUUUAACAAUCCUUCAAACUCUUUUUGGAUGUGCUAGAUAUUCUUUACAAGAGUUGAGCUUAAGGCAUAAUCAAAUCAGUGGCACGCUAGUUAACCUUUCAACAUUCACAUCUUUAAAGACAUUUGACAUUUCAAGGAAUUUGCUAAAUGGGUCAAUACCUAAAGAUCUUCAAUUUUCCUCUUCAUUAGAGUCUUUGGAUAUCCAUUCCAACUCUUUGAAAGGUUCUUUCAAUGAAAUCCAUUUUGCUAAUACACCUAGCUUAAAAAAUUUAGUCCUAUCUGGCAACAUGUUGGCUUUGAACUUUAGCCAUAAUUGGGUUCCAUUAUUUCAAUUGCAAGCCAUACAUAUGGGAUCUUGUAUGGUAGGUCCUAGUUUUCCCAAAUGGUUGCAAACUCAAAAUAUUGUCGUUGAACUUGAUAUUUCCAAUUCUGGAAUUAUAGCUCCUAUCCCAGUAUGGUUUUGGCCAUUGUUGACACCAAAGCUACGUUACUUGAAUAUUUCAUGCAAUAACUUUAUUGGUACAAUGCCAAAUGUUCCCAUAAAAUUUAUUUCUGGCCCUUUUAUAUCUGUGGCCUCAAAUCAUUUUGAAGGUGAAAUUCCACAAUUUCUACGUGAUGCAGUUGUCCUUUUUGCAUCGAAUAAUAAUUUUUCAGAUGCCAACCAUUUUUUAAGUACACCAAGGGCAACUAACAUGCAAAUAUUAGAUGUUUCUAACAAUCAAUUAUCUGGACAGCUUCCUGAUUGUUGGGGUCAAUUCAAAAGGUUAUCCUUUUUAGACUUAAGUAAUAACAAUUUUUCAGGAGAAUUUCCUACUUCUAUUGGAUCUCUAAAAGAUCUUCACCAACUGAUAUUGAGAAACAAUAAGUUUACUGGAGAAUUGCCUAUUACCUUGGGGAGUUGCUCAUAUUUAAGGAUUCUAGAUGCAGGGGAAAACAAUUUCUCAGGACGUAUACCUUCAUGGAUUGGGACUGAAUUACAUGCUUUAGAAAUUUUAAUAUUGAGAAAUAACAACUUCUCUGGAAGUUUGCCACUUCAUCUUUGUUAUCUGUCAAGAAUUCAUUUCUUGGAUCUCUCAUUGAACAAUCUUUCAGGAAGAAUACUUAGAUGCUUCAAAAACUUUACAGAAAUGGCUUUAGAAAGCAAUUUAUAUCUUUAUGAUAUUUUAUUUGGCAUAGGUUAUGUGGAGUUUUCAUCUGAGACAACUGCAGUGUUGAUGUGGAAAGGUCUGGAACGAACCUUUAAGAAAAUCACACUUUUAAUAGGCAUCGAUCUUUCAAGUAAUCAGCUAACAGGAAGAAUUCCAAUUGAAUUGGGAAAUUUAGUUCUAAUGGUAUCCAUGAACUUAUCAAGAAAUCAAUUAAGUGGAGAAAUUCCUUCAAUUUUUGGACAAUUAACAUCAUUAGAUUUUCUUGAUUUAUCAAGAAAUCAUUUAUAUGGUCCAAUUCCUUCAAGCCUUACUCAGAUUGAUCGUCUCUCAGUGUUGGAUUUGUCAUAUAACAACUUGUCUGGAAAAAUUCCAAUCAGCACACAAUUGCAAAGUUUCCAUAGUACAAGUUAUGAAGGAAAUCUCAAUCUUUGUGGAAAACCGCUUGAGAAAAUAUGUCCUGAGGAGGAGAAAUCUCAAAAGCCAACUAAAUUAAAAGAAGAUGAGCAUGAAUCAAUUCUCUCCAAGGAGUUCUAUUGGAGCAUGUCAUUGGGAUUUAUCACAGGAUUCUGGGGGAUUUUCGGCUCAAUUCUUUUUAGUCGCUCUUGGAGACAUGCCUACUUCAAAUUUCUAAACAAUUUGACAGACACUAUGGUUUCUCUAACCAUAAUAAAUAUGACUAGAUGCAAUCGAAGGCUCAAAAGUUACUUGGAGAGACUAAGAUGAAGAAAUCGAAGUUUAAAGUCAGAUGGGAUGCAUGCUAUGUUGGAUAUAUGACAUGAACCAAAUACUAGAGCAUGCAUGUUGCUAAGCUUUUAAAUACUAUUUGUUCUGUUCUGUGCUAUGUGUUGUGUUAUUGUAAUAUUGCAACUAUUACUUAUAUUUAUGUAUUUUUUUUCCA